AUGUUCUUGCUGGUAGUGAUGUUAAUUGGCGUUGUUGCCGGUGGAAUAUUACCAAUCAGUGAGCUAUAUGGUACUCAAUAUGACAAGCGAACAGAAUUCGAUGAUCCCAGAAUGUUUUCAUCAGCAUUUGGAAAGCGAAGCUCAAGCAUGCCACAAGAACGUCUGGAGAGAUCCAUUAUAAUUGAAGACCCCAGAAUGCUAACAAACGCUUUUGGAAAACGUGAAGCUCUUGUUGAUCCAAGAUUCUUCUCGUCGUCAUUCGGAAAGCGAUCCGGCUUCGACGAUCCAAGAUUUUUCUCUAGUUCAUUUGGUAAACGCUCGGACUUCCAAUUCGAUGAUCCACGUUUUGCAAGCUUGGCCUUCGGUAGGAGACGAUGA